GAUUGGACCGUAGGAUGAGCGAGGGAUCGUCAGACGGCUUUGCAACGACUCGCACAGCUUGAGUUGCGGGCUGUUUAGCCAGCGAUGAGCACUCUCUGGUUAGUGCUACUGUAUCAGAUGAAUUCCUGUUAAUUCUACUGUGAAAUUAAGGUAGGAAAAGAAUUGAAGAUACAGAGCCCGCCGUGGGAGGGAUGUCGCGAUGCUGUGCACCAGGAGGACUAAAACUUUGGUGUCGACAUGCGUGAUACUGAGCGGCAUGACCAACAUCGUGUGUCUCCUCUACGUCGGCUGGAUCACCAACCUCGUGGCGAAGAGCGGUCCUAAAGUUGCGGAGACGGGCGGCAAGGCGGAGAGAAAGUUGGAGGAGGACGGCAAAGGAGAGACCCUGAGGAUCAUGGAGAGGCUGGACAAGCUGGAGAGCGUCGUCAACGAGCACAUCAAAGAUAACUCCGCAAAGGAAGAUGAAGAUGCUUCAUCCUCAUCAGCCUCUGACCGCAGCUCCUCACUGUUUGAUCAUUGGGGUCACGACCUGGGCCCAGAAAGCCGAAGAGUUGCCAUCAGAAAGUUCCGCUAUUAUGGUUACAACAGCUACCUCAGUGACCGUCUCUCCAUCACCCGGCCAAUCCCGGAUUUUCGCCCAGAUGGAUGUAAAAACAUGUGGUAUUCAUCCGAGCUUCCUCAGUUGAGUAUCAUCUUUAUCUUUGUCAAUGAGGCCUUGUCCGUGUUGCUGCGCUCCGUGCACACAGCCAUCCAGAGGACUCCGUCCCAUUUACUCAAGGAGAUUAUACUAGUGGACGACCACAGCACCAAUUUCGAACUGAAAGAGAACCUUCAGAAUUUUGUAGAUGAGAUGAAUGCUCAGCAUGGACCAGAGUUCAUCAAAGUGGUCCAUCAUGACAAACAGGAAGGCUUAAUCAGGUCCAGAGUCAGUGGGUGGAGGAUUGCUUCAGCACCUGUGGUCGCUCUGUUUGACGCACAUGUGGAAUUCAACACCGGGUGGGCAGAGCCGGUUCUUCAGCGAAUAAAGGAGGACCGCACUCGGGUGGUGUCUCCCUCUUUUGACAACAUCAAAUAUGACACAUUUGAGAUGGAAGAGUACCCGUUGUCUGCUCAGGGCUUCGACUGGGAGCUCUGGUGUCGAUACCUCAACCCACCAAAGUCCUGGUGGUCAUUGCGUAACCACACAGCUCCAAUCAGGAGUCCCGCUCUUAUCGGAUGCUUUGUGGUUGACAGAAAGUACUUUGAGGAAAUUGGCCUACUCGAUGAGGGGAUGGAAGUUUAUGGAGGGGAGAAUGUGGAGCUUGGCAUCAGGGUAUGGCAAUGUGGGGGAAGCGUCGAGGUCCUUCCUUGCUCCAGGAUUGCGCACAUCGAGAGAGCCCACAAGCCUUACACAGAAAACCUGACAGCCCUUGUGCGUCGCAAUGCUUUAAGAGUGGCGGAGGUCUGGAUGGACAACUACAAGAGUCAUGUUUACAUGGCCUGGAAUGUCCCAUUUCAGAACUCGGGAAUAGAUAUUGGGGACAUUUCUGAGAGAAGGGCCCUGCGAUCCAGACUCAAGUGCCAACCAUUCAGCUGGUUCCUUGCCAAUAUCUACCCCGAGCUCCGAUCCUACAGUAACACAGUUGCUUAUGGAGUGUUGAAGAAUAGUCUCAGAAAUGACCUGUGUUUGGACCAAGGACCCGACACUGACAACAUACCAAUCAUGUAUCUCUGUCAUGGGAUGACAGCACAGAAUGUGUAUUACACCAGUUCCCAGCAACUUCACCUUGGCGUACUGAGUCCAACCAUUGAUGAUGAUGACAAUAAGUGUCUUGUGGACGUGAACAGCAAACCCAGAUUGCUGGAAUGCGCCUACGCAACCACCAAGCACAUGAAGCUCACCUGGACUUUCACACCGGACGGUUCCAUCCAGAACGCAGAAACUCAGCGUUGUCUGGAGAUGGUGGAAAGCAGUCAGUCACAGUUUAAGUUCCAGCUCGCCAUUCGGGACUGUAGCGGACAAAAAUGGACCAUCACUAACGUACUGACUGUCCUGCCCCAGUGAACACAUUUUGUGAUGUCUUUAUUGUGAUUGGGGAAGAAAGCUGCUGCAAAACAAAAGGCUACAAUCAAACCCGAGAAUGGACAGCUACUAGGUUCUGGUUCACUUUGGAACAAGAGAUGAGUUUGAAAAAUGAAAUCUGAGCAGGAUACCUGUCUAAACAUGUGCUUUGAUCCAAGGCGUAAUUUUAAUGAGAAUCUGCAAAAGACAAAUCUCCAAUUAGAAACACACCAUCGGUUCCCUAAUAUCCAUGUUAUACCACACGGAUGAAUCAUACUCACAAAACUUCCCAUUCUGCAGCUGAAAUGAGAAACACCUUUUCACAAUCCAGGGAACAGACUCAUAAAAUCAUGUCACCCCACUGGUUAUUACAGAAACUCUGCUCGAAAGAGAAUUUGGCGUAUAAGACCACGGUUGCAGCCCCAAUAUCAUAUGGCGUAAGUAUACCAAAUUCGAUUCAGAUGGUUGCUUAAUGCUUGCGGCCUGACGGCAACCUAUUCUCAUUCAGUAUGUGUCAUAUCCAAUUUUGUUCGUUAGCUGCUCCUUUUCUCCUCAUAUUCACAAGUUCUCUGGCCUUGUACAAACCUCAGUAGCAAUCUGCUCUAAAACACGUGUAACCUGUAAAUGGAUGCAGUGAUGACAUACGCCAUUGAUAGGAACUGACAAUACAAUUCCACUCACCGGUUUUAUUUCGAUUACCUUACAGUAUAUCCAUUGAAUAAUAUCCAACAAGCUUCCCACGAACCGUAUUUUCCGCACCAUAAGACACUUUGGAGUAUAAGGCACACCUUCAAUGAACGGCCUAUUUGAAAACUGUUUGCACAUAUAGGAUGCACCGCGUUAUAAGGCGCAUAGAAUACAACCUACAAUAGCGGCUACGGUUGUGUUAUGCAUCCACUAGAUGGAGCGACGCUAAAAGGAAUACAAUACAAUACGGCUUUAUUUAUAUAGAGCUUUCACAGCUGCUGCAGCUGUAACAAAGCACGUUACAGAACACUUGAAAUACUAUGUCCAAGAAAUCAGAAUAUCGAUCCACAUAUAAGGCACAUUGGGUUAUAAGACGCACUGUCGGCGCUUUUAGGUGCGCCUUAUACUGCGGAAAAUACGGUGCCCAAAUAGUUAUGCGGGGUCAUUACACCACCUUUCUUUUUAUCGCAGUUACAGUACCACAAAUUGCUGGUAAGGAAAGAAAAACUCUUUGGUCAGAUGUUUUCCAGGAAUUGAAAGAUCUUGAGAUACAAAUGUAACUACAGUAUAACGUAUUCUUACCAGAUCACUUAUUAAUACUUCUCAGUUGUUUUAAUGGCUCAAUGAAUUCUGUACCAUUAGUUCAAGGCAAAGAGGACAAAUUUGCCCGAUUUUUCUCAAGGACAGAGAGGGUUUCAAAAAGCAACGCUGAAAAAGAAAGGACAGAUUUAAGCAUGCCCACUCCUUCAGACAGUUUCUUUAGGGUGGAAUAAAUUCCGUCAGAGGCAGAGUUGUCUCCGUGAUUUUAAGUCCACUUCAAGCAGGACAAGAGAGCUACAUCGACAGCAUUGUUUAGACUCUGUAAAGCGUGAUUAAGAAUAACAAUCAUAAACAUCUUUAGUGGCCAAGUAAAGUUAAAAACAUACGAGAAAGGUGUCUCCAGUUGUUGGAGUCGCUUUUCUAUGGUGGCGAUGGUGUGGUGGGGGGGACUGGAAUGAAGUAUCCAUUUACGACGUAUUCAAAUGUACAAGGUACACCCACUCAUUAGCAAUAUAGAGGUGUGGGAAACGUGCAGUCGUACUUUUUUUUUCAUGUAAUUGAGUUGUAAAAACGGCACAGUGACAGAGUUACAACAACAAAUGCAGUAAUAAUGACAGCACAGAGAUGCAGAGGAAAAUGGAAAUGAAAUUACAAGUCUAUUUUU